UUUUUCUUUCUUUUGUUCAUCAUACCCCUCUUCUUUCCCCCCUUUCUACCUUUCUACCUUUCUACCCAAAGAAUAACCCAGAGCAUACAUACAUAUACACAAAGCAACAAUGUCUCCUUCGACCCUCUCUGUUGUCACCCCCGUGGACUCGACUGUCUUCGCAAAGGUUCAAAUCUCCUCGACCGAGCAAGUGCAGGCGGCAGUGGAGCGUGCGGCUAAGGCGCAGAAGGGAUGGAAACAAGUUCCACUGAAGGACCGUGUCGAGACCGGACGUCGAUUCCUUGAGGUGUUUGGGACGCGCAAGGAUGAGCUCGCCAAGGAGCUGACGAUGCAGAUGGGUCGCCCGCUGAGGUUUACGCCCGGGGAGAUCAAGGGCACACAGGAUCGGGGCAAAUACAUGGUCGACAUUGCGGAGGAGGCCCUCAAGGACGUUGAGAUCCAUGAGGCUGGACUUGAGGGCAAGUUCAAGAGGUUCAUUCGUAAGGUGCCCGUGGGAGUUGUGUUGAUCGUCGCUCCAUGGAACUAUCCUUACCUGUCCUCGUUGAACGGUGUGCUGCCGUCGAUCAUUGCCGGCAACGCUGUGAUCCUGAAGCAUUCGUCACAGACCCCACUCUGUGGCGAGCGGUUCGCGCAGGCGUGGAAGGAGGCUGGCUUGCCCGAAGAUGUCUUCCAGUGCAUCCACAUGUCCCACGCCGACACCGAGAGCCUGGUUGGACACCCUCUCAUCAAUUAUGUCAAUUUUACGGGAUCCGUCGAGGGUGGUCAUCAGAUCCAGAAGGCUGCCAGCAAGAAGUUCAUCGCAACGGGAUUGGAACUCGGCGGCAAGGAUCCUGCGUACGUCCGUCCGGAUUGCGAUCUCAAGUACACGGUCGAGACCCUUGUUGACGGCUCGUUCUUCAACAGCGGACAGUGCUGCUGUGCUGUCGAGCGUAUCUACGUCCACGCAGAUGUCUAUGAUGAAUUCCUCGAUCUCUUUGUCAAGGAGACCAAGAACUACCGUCUCGGCAACCCACUUGAUCCCGAGACGACCCUUGGACCCAUGGUGAAGGCCAAGGCCGCAGACUUUGUCCGCGGACAGAUCGCUGAAGCAGUCUCCCAGGGCGCCAAGACACACAUCGACGUGUCUACGUUCCCGGCCGACAAGCCCGGCACCCCCUAUAUGGCACCCCAAGUCCUGACAGAGGUCACACACGAGAUGCGCGUCAUGACCGAAGAAUCCUUCGGUCCCGUCAUCGGUAUCAUGAAGGUCACCUCGGAUGAGGAGGCCAUCCGUCUGAUGAACGACUCUGCGUUCGGUCUCUCGGCCUCGAUCUGGACCAAGGAUACGGAUGCGGCCCUGAAAAUCGGUGACCAGAUCGAGACGGGUACCUGGUUUAUGAACCGAUGUGAUUAUCUGGAUCCGGCCCUUGCCUGGGUCGGCGUCAAGGACUCUGGACGCGGUUGCACCCUUUCCAAGUUUGGAUACGACCAGGUGACGAGACUCAAGUCUUUUCAUCUCAAGUUGGUCACUGCUUGAAAAAGUGUAUCAUCGCAUCGCAUCGCCCAUCCAGGAAUAUACAUACAAUUGUGAGGGGGAAUUGGGAUUGAUAUUGUUGGGUGGUAUUCGAUAUUCACAUCCAUUAAACGCUUAGAAUACAUUAUUCUUUCUUUUUUUGUUUCUUUUUUCGUUUCUUUUUUUAUUGUUUAUUUGCUUUUUUCUUUUCUUUUUGUUCUUCUUCUUCUUCUUCGGAAAUAAUGGCGACCAACCGCAACGAGGAUUGUCCAUAACGCUUCUUGUUGUCUAGUGGUGUGGAGGCAUCGCAUGCAUCUGUUGCUGUUGAGAAUAGG